GCGGGGGCGGCGAGGGGAAGGGGCGGGGGCGGCGAGGGGAAGGGGCGGGGGCGGCGAGGGGAAGGGGCGGGGGCGGGAGGUGUUGGGCGCUGAGGCGCGAGACUGGGAGACGGGAGGGGCGCGCGGCCGUUAGCGGUCGCUUUCUACCAACGGUAGGGGUCGCAGCUGUUCCCGAAGGUCACAGUUCGCGUGACCCGCCCCCUUUUGCGCGCUGGCAGUCUUCGCCGGCGCAGUCACCGCGCAGGGCGGCCGCCCGGAGGUAGCUACCACGGCUUGUGUCAACGACUAAAGCUCCAGUACAGCGGCGCCCUCAGAGACAGCUGGGAGGGUGGCUCUGGCCGGGAGUGGCGGCCGGUGAGCUACCGCGAGUAGGAGCGGCGGAGGCGACCUCGGCCCGGCCCUGCACUGGCCGCCCGGCAGGCGCGACAUGAGCCUGGUCUGGCAUCCGCGGGAUGCCCCUUGAGCCCCUUCUCAGGCGGUUAACCUCCGGGGAACGGUUGUGACCACACCGACACGUAUUUUACAAAUAAAUCAUUCUUGGCGGCGGCGGGUCGAACACGUUUAUUUAUUUUUGAUUUUCUCAACAAGCAUUUACCCAGCACCUGUCCAGUGAAACAACUUGUUAAGCGUUCCGAGGAGCGUCCGCCGGGUUAGGAGGCCACUGCCUGGCAGCUCGUAGAAGCCUCAUUUGCAACGCCCCCCUCCUCAGAUGUUUUGAAGAUCGUGACGUCUUGUAACUAGCAGUGUGUGCACAGAAUCCUGCUCGAGGAACGUCUUGGCCCAGCGAUGCAAAGAACUGAAGUUUCAAGCUGGAAGAGCCUGUAUUGUCCUCACAAUAGUAUAGAAGAAUUCAAGAGAGGAGAGAGAGACAGCACCGAAUGAAGACUGUAAAAGAAAAGAAGGAACACCAAAGAUUGAGAAAAUCUGCCAAGACUAGGAGGGUAACCCAGAGGAAACCGUCUUCAGGGCCUGUUUGCUGGCUAUGCCUUCGAGAACCUGGGGAUCCCGAAAAAUUAGGGGAAUUUCUUCAGAAAGACAGUAUCAGCGUGCAUUAUUUCUGUCUUAUCUUAUCUAGUAAGCUGCCUCAGAGGGGCCAGUCCAACAGAGGUUUCCAUGGAUUCCUGCCUGAAGACAUCAAAAAGGAGGCAGCCCGGGCUUCUAGGAAGAUCUGCUUUGUGUGCAAGAAAAAGGGAGCUGCUAUCAACUGCCAGAAGGAUCAGUGCAUCAGAAACUUCCAUCUGCCUUGUGGCCAAGAAAGGGGUUGCCUUUCACAAUUUUUUGGAGAGUACAAAUCAUUUUGUGACAAACAUCGCCCAACACAGAACAUCCAACAUGGGAAUGUGGGGGAGGAAAGCUGCAUCUUAUGUUGUGAAGACUUAUCCCAACAGAGUGUUGAGAACAUCCAGAGCCCGUGUUGUAGUCAAGCCAUCUACCACCGCAAGUGCAUACAGAAAUAUGCCCACACAUCAGCAAAGCAUUUCUUCAAAUGUCCACAGUGUAACAAUCGAAAAGAGUUUCCUCAAGAAAUGCUGAGAAUGGGAAUUCAUAUUCCAGACAGAGAUGCUGCCUGGGAACUCGAGCCAGGGGCUUUCUCAGACUUAUAUCAGCGCUAUCAGCACUGUGAUGCCACCAUCUGUCUGUAUGAACAAGGCAGAGACAGCUUUGAGGAUGAAGGGAGGUGGUGCCUCAUUCUGUGUGCUACAUGCGGAUCCCACGGAACCCACAGGGACUGCUCCUUUCUUAGAUCUAACAGUAAGAAAUGGGAGUGUGAGGAGUGCUCACCUGCUGCAGCCACAGACUACAUACCUGAAAAUUCAGGGGACAUCCCUUGCUGCAGCACCACCUUCCACCCUGAGGAGCAUUUCUGCAGAGACAACACCCUGGAAGAGAAUCCGGGCCUUUCUUGGACUGAUUGGCCAGAACCUUCCUUAUUAGAACAGCCAGAGUCCUCUCGUGGCAGGAGGAGCUGCUCCUGGAGGUCCAAGGGCGUCAGAAUCACUAACAGCUGCAAAAAAUCCAAGUGACACCUUCUGAGUAGCUGCUAUCCCACACAAUAGGGUAUGAAGCUGCGCUCCUCCAUCGGGUUUGGGGAGGGAGCGCUCUGGGACUGUGAGACAAGGAAGCAGGGCCAGCAGUGAGACUAUGAGCCAAGCAAAGAGAAGUCCCAGUGGAGCAUGAGGAGGGAGCAGUCCAGAUGCCAACAAAGAAAUGCGUUUAUGGCUACAAGAGUGCCUCUGCCUUCUCCUCCUCUCCUCCCACCAAGGAUUCUUCCACCUUAAUCUUGUUUUCGUAUGCCUCUUCUUACUUCACCCAUGUUUGUUGUUAUGCAAAUAAAGGUUUUC